CGAGCACCAGACUGUGCAGUGCCUAUCUGUCAGCUACAGUGUGUUAUCGCGAAUGUGAUUGAGCCUGGAGGAAAAAAACACAUGUAUGAUUUUACAAACUGAGAUUUUCAAAUGAUUUACCGCGGACUUGGACUAAAACCUUUACAUCUCAACUUGUGCUUUGGACCCACGAGAAAAUACGGCAAACUGCAAGUUCUGGAUUGAACCAAGGCAAGGAAAAGGUCGGGAAGUUACGGAUCUUUGUUGUCCGGACAAGAGAGAGGGGCCCGAUUUCAGGGCAGCCAGUCUCGGGUGAAGUUAGCAAGCAAUCGGUACCAAGGAAGCCAGCAUCGUAAACCAGUUAGGAAGAGGAUAGUCCAGUUUUCGACAGGUGUUUGAAGCGCUAGCAGUCAGAGAAGUCGGUGGUUAAAUACCAGUUGCAAAACGGUGUUGAGGUUGGAAGAUCAGGACUUCUGCUCGCAGCUUGCUUUCAUCAGUGACGUUAUUUGGACCACCACUGGUACCCUGCCUAAUUCCUGUCCAAGGGACGUUUUGGUUUUGAGCAGCACACCGUACUUCCAACUCCUGCAAGCUGUUUAACCUGGAGGGACUUAAAAAAAAAAAAAAAUAGUGUCCACUAUUGCUGCAUCAUUCAGACUUGCCAAGCUACAAUGGUGGUCAGGUGUUUUAACCUGUAGCAGCGCCUCAACUCCACCUCGACACACAACAGUGGGCCGUAGGGCUAAUCAACAAUUCUCAACUGGAGGACCACACAGACUCUUGACUCUAACUUCUCUGCUGGAAUAGACUAUACCUGUUUCCCCCCCUCUCUCCAGCCCCUAUCCCCCCUUAGUCCCCCUCUGCCUCCAUCCUCUCCCCUCUCCGCCCCCCUCUGCCUCCAUCCUCUCCCCUCUGCCUCCAUCCUCUCCCCUCUCCGCCCCCCUCUGCCUCCAUCCCCUCCCCUCCCCCAGUGUGUGAGGGGACAGAUGUGAGGAAGGCAGGAUGGGGACCCAGGGCAGCCCGGUGAAGAGUUAUGACUACCUGUUGAAGUUCCUCCUGGUCGGGGACAGCGAUGUGGGGAAAGGGGAGAUACUAGACAGCCUACAGGAUGGAUCGGCAGAGUCUCCGUACGCGUACAGCAGUGGCAUCGACUACAAGACCACCACUAUUCUUCUGGAUGGGAGGAGAGUGAAACUGGAGCUGUGGGACACGUCAGGACAGGGGAGGUUCUGCACCAUCUUCAGGUCCUACUCCAGAGGGGCUCAGGGGAUCCUGCUGGUGUAUGACAUCGCAAACCGCUGGUCGUUCGAAGGCAUCGACCGCUGGAUACGAGAGAUUGACGAGCAUGCCCCGGGUGUACCUCGUAUCCUGGUAGGUAACCGGCUCCACCUGGCGUUCAAGCGCCAGGUUCCUACGGAGCAGGCCCGGGCGUACGCGGAGAAGAACGGCAUGACCUUCUUUGAGGUCAGCCCGCUCUGCAACUUCAACGUCAUCGAGUCGUUCACAGAGCUGUCUCGCAUCGUACUGAUGAGGCACGGCAUGGAGAAGUUCUGGAAGCCCAACAGAGUCUUCACUCUCCAGGACCUGUGCUGCAGAGCGAUUGUCUCCUGCACGCCCGUCCACCUAAUCGACAAGCUGCCAUUGCCCGUGGCGAUAAAGUCCCACCUCAAGUCCUUCUCUAUGGCCAAUGGGAUGAACGCAGUGAUGAUGCACGGACGUUCCUAUUCGCUGGCCAACGCGGGGGGCGGGUCUAAAGGGAACAGUCUGAAGCGUUCUAAAUCUAUCAAACCCCCCCAGAGCCCCCCACAGAACUGCACACGCAACAACUGUAAAAUCUCCUAGUGAUAGACCCUGUCUGGGGGAGGGGGGAGACUAACACCCUAAACACACUGAAACAGACCCUGGCCCUUCCACUGAGGGGAGGAUGUGUAGAGCCUGUGGGGAGAACCAAGUCUGAGACCUAACCUACACCCUGAAGGGAGGAGACCCUGAAACCUAGCCCUUAACCCAUACCCUAACCCUGGGGGAGGAGAAACCCUGGGGGAGGAGGGAGGUGAAACCUAGUGUAGGAGGAGGAGGAGGGAGGUGUGUGUACACAGACUUGAGGAGACCCGACCAGACAUUUCUGGUCAACCCUCGUCCAUAGGAGGGGUUGUGCUGGAGUUGUAAUACAUCCAGAAUACACCCAGAAUCAUCCAGAAUACACCCAGAAUAAACUCAGAAUACAUCCAGAAUACACUCAGAAUACACCCAGAAUACAUCCACACCCAGAAUACAUCCAGAAUACACCCAGAAUACAUCCACAUCCAGAAUACGUCCAGAAUACAUCCACACAACCCUACUGAGUUCUAGUGU